AUGGCGUGUCCUGUAGAUCACACAGGUAGGAUGACGGUGACGUCUAGAUGUUGUAAAGGUUUACUGAAACUGUGUCAAAUCAGGUGAAGUUAGCUAACUGCAGCGUCAAGGUGACCACAGACUAGUCACUGCUCUGUUUGUACAGGCGAAAUAAUGUAACAACGUUCAAGUUAAUUACUAUAAAUUGUCAAAAAAGUCUGUUUGUUAUACUUAGUUGGUGGAUAAUGAAAGAAAACUGCAUUAACUUCGUCCUACAUGCACAAAUUUAGGUUCUAGAUAAGAGUGUGGUGUGAAUCAGUCACCUCCUGUAAACUCAGUAUGGUCUUCUUCUGAUUUCUGCCAAAUUUACAUCAGACUGCAGCAUUACUGCCACCUAGUGUCCAAGUCAGAGACUGUUUUCUGUGCUCUUUCCAAGCUGUUAAGUUGUGAUCAAAGUAUGAUUCAUUUAGCUUCAACAACUUUGUACAUUUCUCAUUAUAUAAAACUGUUUUGAAGCUUGAGAAUUGCCUUGCCUUAGAGCUGGUCAGUCAGAUGAUUGAAAUGUAAUCCAGUGAAGGAGCUUAAGAGGCUGUAAACUGGCAAACCGCCCCACAGUAUUUCACCAGUCCUUUUUCUUAAUAGGAGGCCCACAGAUUAGGAAUACCCUACCGUCAGAAAUAAAACAUAACCUGACUACAUAGUUUACAUCACUAAAACAAAGCCAUAGGUUGUUUAUUUCUUAAUAAGUACACAUUGUCGAUGCUCGCUUUACUGUCUCUAUGUGGCUGCUUAUGUAACACUGUUUUGCUGUUAGUUUUGCUUGUAUUUGUCUCUUUUGUUAGUUGUCACUUCCAUACAACUGUUUGUAUGUUCCUCAUUUCCCAAAAGCCUAACAGGAACCACAGACUAGUGAUGGGCACGGCAGUUCUUUUAGAUGUACUGAAUCACUAGAAUCAAUUCACUAAAAAGAUUUGUUCAAAAGAUUGGUUCACCAAAUCACCGAAUCACUUAACGCUUGGCAGGAGAGGCCUGCAACCCCGACCUCCUGAACUGAUACACAGCUGAACGUUUCAGGAUUCAGUUCAAUUCAUAGUUUCUGGGACUGGAAGACAAGAGUGUUUGGCUGUGUCGCUUUGGCAAAAGUCAUGAUGUUUUAAGUGUACUGUCCUAUUGUAUGCCAUUUAUCAGGUCUGCUCAGUAAAAUGGGCUUAGUGAGUGAUUCGUUCACUGAACGUUUAUAAGUUUUCACACUGAACAUGCACCAUUCCCCCGCAAACCGCUGCAGUGAUAGGAUGCUGCGGGUUUAAUGUAUGCAAGUUGUUGUGGUGGCAAUUUAGCAGUGAAAAAAAAAAAAGUUUUGUCCGACAAAAAUUAUUCCUCGUUCGCCGGCUGCUGGCCUGGCAAUGCUGUUUCUCACUUCAGCUCAACUGAAGUGAGAAACGAACAAAUCACUGGAGGAAGUGAUUCGGUUCAGUACAUUCACUUAAAAGAUUCUGUUCUUUUGAAUGUUAAACCUUCAAAAGCUUUGGUACUAUGCAGUUAUCAAUAAUAAUAAAUAGUGGCCAGAUUUUGAUAUCUUGGAUUUGUGCAUGCCUGUUUACUGACACACUUUUAUGACAAGGGAGAAUUUAUUUGAAUUAUUAAUGCCUGAACUUACAUAUCCUAUCCUUUAAUGAUAUUAACAACUCAAAAAAAGAUUUGUGUCAUUAAUAAAGUGGUCACAAUAAUUCCGUCCAGGCUUUUUUCCCUGAGGUUUUCAAAGCUGAAUUAGUGCAUAUACUAAAAUCCAGAUCAUACUAUGCUGUGUAAAAAAGUACAUUUUACCUCACUGUGUAAAACAUUAAACUCUGUUGUUAUUUUUCAACAGCACCACAUAAUUUUUCUUUAGCUGGGGGUCAAUGUUAAAAUUUGUGGUAAAAUGAGUCUCUUGUUCAUUCUAUAAAAAUGUCACUUGAUGAUAAACUGUUUCUGUGUGUUAUUUGUUGAACCAUCAGUGGAGCUGAAUCCGGGCCUGCUUCCUCUAGACUGGCUUCUGGGCACCUGGGAGUCAGACGAACCCGGGGAGGGCUGUUUUCCCACCAUAAAACCUUUCCACUACACAGAGACACUGAACUUCAGCCAUGUGGGCCAACCAGUCAUCAACUUCAUGUAGGUUAUUUUACAAAACUUGUUUUAAAGUUAUUAUAAUCCUUCAAUAUAACUGCUAACCAAUCCCACAAAUAUUGAUAAUCAUACAUAGAUUUUACUGUGGAUCCUACUAAUAUGGCCCAAAUGUUAAAGUCUGGUUCACAGCCCCACCACACCCGGCAUUACUGAUCUGUAUGGUUGAGUAAACAGUUUAUUCCACCUUUAACCACAGGAGUUGAUGAGGAGUUUAACCACUGGAGGUCAGCAAAAGCAAGACUUAGAGAGGGUGGGACAGUUUCAAACGCUGGCAGCUAACAAUAAGAUGUAUUCAUAAGAUUAUUUUUUUUCCUCAUAGGUUUUUGCAGCCUUUGUCACUCUUUCAUAAGCUAAGAAAACAAUGUUAAAGACGCAGCUACUGUGCUUGUUAAACACAUGCGGUUUGCCCUCUUUCUUUCUGUGCUUGGCAGGUUCUGUGCUUAUAAUGCAGAGACUAAGAAGCCUCUGCAUCGAGAGAGUGGCUUCAUCCGAAUCCAGCCAGGGACCAACAAAGUGGCGUUCAUCAUCGCGCAGAAUUCAGGUAGGUAACGUUUGCAUUUUUGACAUUUUGAGGAAAUUACAAAAGGUUACUGUGCAGAUGCUGUGUAGUAAAGCUUGAUAUGAAUUGACAUCAUGUUUUGAACCUGUAGUUGAUUGACUACACACCUGUUCAGGUCUGUUUUUUUUUUCUUUUUUUUUUCUUUUUCAGUCUGUUUUUACACUUUAGGUAAAAGAAUCCCUUAUUAGUGAUUUUCUCAUUAAAAGGAGAUUUCCAAUUUAAAUGAAACACUAUUUAUUUUUUCAACUAUGACUACACUGGCAUUGAAUUUUCUUGAGAAUUAGUUUAUAACCCCUGACUCACUGCUUCGUCUACACAAACACACACUAUUUGCACUCAUAUUGAACCCAGUGUUUUUGUUUCAGGUCUGGUGGAGAUUGAGGAGGGAGAGCUCACAGAUAAGCAGCUGAACCUGCAGAGCCAGGCUUUGGCAAGAACGUCUUUUGCCAGGGAGCCGCAUGUACAGCAGGUUAUACCAACUCUCAGAUGCUGCAUCAUGUGCUCAUCAUGAAUAUUCAUUGAUGACUUAAUUCACUGAAAUGAAAAAUAAUAAUUAUGUAUACUGCCCACAAAAUGUCAUAACUUUCUUCUGAAACUUGUUUGGAUCCGUGAAAAAGCGACCUCGCCUGCUCUUUUAUUCUUUCAGAUUUCUCGAGUGUUUCAGCUCAGACCAGAUGGGAGGCUGGAGCAGACAGUUUCCAUGGCAACUGACAACCAGCCACUGAUGCAGCACUUGCACAUCACCUACCGUCGGUCAUCUUGA